GGGAAACCGGCGCGUCCCCGCCCGCCCGGCCGUCAGCUGAUGGGCCGCCAGCCCGGGAGGCCGCCGCCGCCGCCGCCGCCGCCGCCGCGCGAACAUGGCGGCCGAGAUCCACUCCAGGCCGCAGAGCAGCCGCCCGGUGCUGCUGAGCAAGAUCGAGGGGCACCAGGACGCCGUCACUGCCGCGCUGCUCAUUCCCAAGGAGGACGGCGUGAUCACGGCCAGCGAGGACAGAACCAUCCGAGUUUGGCUGAAAAGAGACAGUGGUCAGUACUGGCCCAGCAUCUACCACACCAUGGCCUCUCCUUGCUCCGCCAUGGCUUACCAUCACGACAGCAGACGGAUAUUCGUGGGCCAGGAUAAUGGCGCCGUAAUGGAAUUUCACAUAUCUGAAGAUUUUAAUAAAAUGAACUUUAUCAAGACCUACCCAGCUCAUCAGAACCGGGUGUCUGCAAUUAUCUUCAGCCUGGCGGCAGAGUGGGUGAUCAGCACCGGCCACGACAAGUGCGUCAGCUGGAUGUGCACCCGGAGCGGGAACAUGCUGGGGAGGCACUUCUUCACCUCUUGGGCUUCCUGUUUGCAAUACGACUUUGAUACUCAGUAUGCUUUUGUUGGUGAUUAUUCUGGACAGAUCACCCUGCUGAAGCUGGAACAGAACACGUGUUCGGUCAUUACCACUCUCAAAGGACACGAAGGUGGGCUGUAUAAUCACCCAGUCGUUUUUCACCAAAUUUUGGCAGAUUCGAACAGCAUCAUCAUGUGGGACAUCGGAGGAAGGAAAGGCCGGACGCUCUUACUUCAGGGCCAUCAUGACAGGGUGCAGUCGCUGUGUUACCUCCAGCUCACACGGCAGCUCGUCUCCUGCUCCUCGGAUGGUGGAAUCGCAGUGUGGAACAUGGACGUUAGCAGGGAAGAGGCUCCUCAAUGGUUAGAAAGUGAUUCUUGUCAGAAAUGUGAGCAGCCCUUUUUCUGGAACAUAAAGCAGAUGUGGGACACAAAGACACUGGGGCUGAGGCAGCAUCACUGCAGGAAGUGCGGCCAGGCCGUCUGCGGGAAGUGCAGCAGCAAGCGCUCGAGUUACCCCGUCAUGGGCUUCGAGUUCCAAGUCCGGGUUUGUGAUUCCUGUUAUGACUCCAUCAAAGACGAAGAUCGGACUUCUCUAGCAACCUUUCACGAAGGAAAACAUAACAUUUCCCACAUGUCCAUGGACGUCGCCAGGGGACUGAUGGUGACCUGUGGGACCGAUCGUGUUGUAAAGAUAUGGGACAUGACACCCGUGGUGGGCUGCAGCCUGGCCACCGGGUUUUCUCCACAUUGAUCCGGGAACUGGGCGGCGUCCACACCUUACAAACAGCAGCUCCACCAGACGAAACCCUUCCCACGCAGCUCCGCGGCCCCGUCUCCUAACGGACAGUAGCCACUUACAAACAAAUCGCAUUUUUAUAAAGAAAAAAAUGUAAGGGUGUGUCUUGGGGCAUUUGUGGAACUUACCCGUGGGGACUAAUGUGGAAAAGGUCUAUCUGUAGUGGCUCCCUGAGGAAUGGAGUUCCUUCCACGAAACUUCCUCGUGAACUCCUGUGUAAUGUGCUAACGUGUAAUGAAAGAAUAAUCUAGUAAAUGAGAGCUCUAGAGGGGAAACAGUUGAACAAAAACGUUGAUGCUUAGAACUUUCUUAAAGCAGCCCAAGUGCAGACACACUUCCACUCGGACCGGGGGCCUCCCGCAGGCUCCUGCGGCUCUGCUGUCGAAGCAGGGGUUGGAGGGAAGGAGGACUUGUUCUCUCUUUCUUGAGGGGCGGCAGUAGGAACUUAAGCAACCAGACAUCUCUCCUGCUGUGCUGGCGGUUUGUGAAUAUCCUCCACACCUAGCUACUGGUCAACUUCUUAAAGAUACCUGUUCUUUUUCGGUAGUGCCAUAAUCUGCACUUAGCGUCUGGCUGACUUCAGUUGUUUCCCUCCCCACCCAGCGUGCCACGGGUGAACCUUUGCGGUGGCUUUUAAGUAAGUUGUGAACUUUCUAUAAUAACCAAGGCAGUCCGCAUUCUUCCUUUUCUCCCAAACACGCUCUGAGGACAAAACUUUUUUAUGGUGCUGUUAACAUGGGAGUCACGCAAGUCGCCUGACUUUUUCUCAUUGCAGUUAGUAAGCGACUAAUGGAAAACCCAGCCAGCAGCGUGAUUGUGGCGGGGAUGACCAGUCUGUUCCCCGGAGCAGCCCAGUCCUCCUAACUGACGCAUCCUAUCUGUAGUUCCAAGACGAGCCUCUGCGAUACUGUGGCAAUUAAUAUCCUCCUCAGAAAAGUACUCCAUAGCUUUUUAACUAUAUUGACUUUCAGUUGUAACUAGUGUUAUUCAUAUUUCAGAGAAGGAAGUUAGUGACCCAGAGCUAUAAUAGUCGGGUCUUGUGCAGUAUUUUUCACCUUGUAAAUUGCUUUCAUAACAACUAUCAAAAGUUGUUCCUAAUAGCAUUUCUAAAGCUUUUGGACACUGAGUACUAGGAUGAGAAAGAGGUAGGGGAUGGGGGCCGAUCUUUUCAUAUUCCAAUAUUUAUGUGUUUUUUUUUUUCUUUUUUAACAAUAGUACAUUUAUCUAUUACUUUAGGGCUAAGGAAGUGAGUGGAGAAGGGCCAA